GGCCAGAGCGUCCACCGCCCAAGAUGGUGGCUCCCGUGUCUCCUCUCCCACAGGUGGAGCAGGAAUAAACAAACUUUCCAGGCUAAAUUAGGUAGAUGGUUCCCAUUAGCCUGAUAGGCUGCCCCACUCCUGCCUCCCCACCAACUCCCCCAACAAGAGAGCUGUCUAUGUGUAUGGGGGAGAUAAGAGGGUGAGAUCAUUUGGGUGGGGGUUGGGGGUCCCCUGUCCCAAGAACAGGAAUGGUACCCCCUGGGAAGAAACCAGCCGGAGAGGCCUCCAACUCCAACAAGAAGUGCAAGCGGUACUUCAAUGAGCACUGGAAAGAGGAGUUUACCUGGCUGGACUUUGACUAUGAGCGGAAGCUGAUGUUCUGCCUUGAGUGCCGCCAGGCCCUGGUGCGGAAUAAGCAUGGCAAGGCCGAGAACGCAUUCACAGUGGGCACCGACAACUUCCAGCGCCACGCCCUGCUGCGCCACGUUACCUCAGGAGCCCACCGCCAGGCCCUGGCUGUCAACCAGGGCCAGUCCCCUUUUGAGGGCCAGGCUGAAGGGGGGACCUGCCCAGGCCUGGCUAUCACCCCCACCUCCAGGAAUAUCAAGGUGGAGGUGGACCCGGCCAAAGUGGCUGUACUGACCACUGUGUACUGCAUGGCCAAGGAGGACGUGCCAGAUGACCGCUGCUCUGCCUUGCUCGAGCUGCAGAGGUUCAACCUGUGCCAGGCGCUGCUGGGCACAGAGCAUGGUGAUUACUACAGCCCCAGGAGAGUGAGGGACAUGCAGGUGGCCAUUGCCAGUGUCCUGCACACGGAGGCCUGCCAGCGCCUGAAGGCAUCCCCAUAUGUGGGGCUGGUGUUGGAUGAGACCAGGGACUGGCCAGAGUCCCACAGUCUAGCCCUGUUUGCCACUUCAGUGUCCCCUUGUGAUGGCCAGCCUGCCACCACUUUCCUGGGCAGUGUGGAGCUGCAGGAGGGCAAGGCCACUGCUGGCCAACUCCUGGACAUCCUGCAGGCUUUUGGCGUAUCUGCACCCAAGCUCGCCUGGCUCAGCUCAAGCCUCCCCAGUGGCCGCCUGGGGAGUGUAGGCCCCCAGCUCCAGGCCACUUGCCCACUGCUUACAGAGCUGCACUGCCUCCCUGGUCGGACAGACCCUGAGCCCCCUGCCUACCUGAGUGAAUAUGAAAGCAUACUGGAUGCCCUGUUCCGCCUCCAUGGCGGCCCCAGUUCCCAUAUGGUACCUGAGCUCAGGGCAGCAUUGGACCUUGCAGCUAUUGACUUGGCAGGGCCUCAACUAGUGCCCUGGGCCUCCCUGCUGCCUGUCGUGGAAACCGUGGCUGAAGCCUGGCCUUCCCUGGUGCCUACCCUGGAAGUGGCAGCCUCAGCCUCCCCUACGGCUGGAGCAUUGGCCUUGGCCCUGCGCCAGUUCACCUUCAUGGCCUUCACGCACCUGCUGCUGGACGCUCUGCCCUCUGUGCAGAAGCUCGCCCUUGUCCUGCAGGCAGAAGAGCCGGACUUGGCCUUGCUGCAGCCCCUGGUGAUGGCAGCUGCAUCCUCCCUCCAAGCUCAGUGCGGCUCAGGUGGGGCCCGCCUGCAGGGCUUCCUACAGGAAUUGGCAUCUUCAGACUCCCACGCCGAUGGCGGGCGCUGCACCUACCGCGGGGUGGAGCUGCUGGGUUACUCUGAGGCUGCGGUCCGGAGCUUGGAGCGGCUCCGGAGGUCUUUCCUGGACUCUAUACAGAGGGGGCUGCGGGACUCCUAUCCCGGGCCGUCGCUGGAUACCGUGGCCGCGUUCGCGGCGAUCUUCGACUCCCGCCGCUACCCGCAGGCGCCGGAGGAGCUGGGCGCUCAUGGAGAAGGGGCGCUGCGGGUGCUGCUGCGCGACUUCGCGCCCGCCGUGGUGCGCCAGCGGGCUCUGGGCGACUUCGCGCUCUUCAAGCGCGUGGUGUUCAGCCUUGGGCGGCUUGGCCCCCGGGCCCUGUGCACCCAGCUGGCGUGCGCGCACUCUGAGCUGCACGAGCUCUUCCCCGACUUCGCCGCCCUCGCCGCCUUGGCUUUAGCCCUACCCGCGGGCGCCGGCCUCCUGGACAAGGUCGGCCGCUGUCGGGAGCUGCGGUGGUGGGGACAGACCGGGGCUGGGGAAGGCCGGGGUAACCACGUGGUGAAGAUCGCAGUGGAUGGGCCCCAGCUGCACGAGUUUGACUUUGCGCUGGCCGUGGAGUUCUUGGAGAGUGGGUGGGGUAAGGGGCUUCUGGGGCCGCAACUCACCUAA